GUUGCAGAGCUGAGGAAGGCGAGCAAGAGGCUGACAUGCCACAAGCGCUACAAGAUCCAGAAGAAGAUCAGAGAACACCACCGAAAAGUCAGGAAGGAGGCCAAAAAACGUGGACGCAAAAAGCCCAAGAAAGACCCUGGUGUUCCCAGUGCUGCACCAUUUAAGGAAAAGCUUCUACGGGAAGCGGAGCAAAGAAAGCAGAGGCUUGAAGAACUAAAACAAAAGCAGAAGCUCAACAGACAGAAAGAACAUGAAAAGAAGAGGAAGCUUGAAGCUAAGAAGAAUGCCAAAAUUAAGGAAAAAGCAGAGGGAAAGGUAGGUGAAUCCUCUGGAAAAUCUAAAGCAAAAGCUAACAAAUGGCUGGAUAAAAAUUCAAAGGAAUCAUUCUGCAGGGAGCUCAAUAAGGUGAUUGAGGCCUCAGACAUGGUUUUAGAGGUUUUAGAUGCAAGAGAUCCAAUGGGCUGCCGGUGUCCUCAACUAGAGGAAGCUGUAACUUGCUCCGGAGGAGGCAAAAAGCUAGUGUUGGUUCUGAACAAAAUUGAUUUAGUGCCAAAGGAGAACUUGGAGAAGUGGUUGAAUUAUUUGAAGAAGGAGUUUCCAACAGUUGCUUUUAAAUCGGCAACGCUGAUGAAAGACAAGACUCUGUCCACAAAGAGACGUGCACGUGUUGAUGUAUCAAGAACCAGUGAAUGUCUUGGAACCAAAUGCCUUUUGAAACUUCUUCAAGAGUAUGGCAAGACUCAAAACAAAGCCAUUCAGAUUGGGGUAGUAGGUUUCCCUAAUGUGGGAAAGAGCAGCAUAAUCAAUAGUCUUAAAGGAGUUCGUGCUUGCAAUGUUGGCCUAACAAGAGGUGUUACCAAGUCCAUGCAAAUUGUGCACAUUGAUAAACACACAAAGAUGUUGGACAGUCCAAGUAUAAUUGCAGAUCCUUCCAACAGUGCCCUGGCUCUGGCCUUGAGAAGUAUCAUAGACACUGAAGAAUCAGACUCAGCAGAUCUGCUUGAAGGAAUAGAUGCCAUUCUAAGUCACUGCAAUAAACAGCAGGUAAUAAUGCGCUAUAGUAUCCCAGAUUUUGAGAACACUGAAGAGUUUUUAGCUUUACUGGCUAAGAAAAGGGGUAUGCUGAAAAAGGGAGGUGUUCCUGACAUAGAGAAUAUCACUAAAGUACUUCUUUGUGACUGGACAGGAGCUAAAAUAAGCUACUACUCACAACCUCCAGAAUCUCAGACACUGCCACAGUAUCUUACAGAAGACAAAAUAGCUGAAAUGCAAGAGUGCUUUAAUUUAAAGAACCUAGAAGAAGAAAACAACACCACUGUUCAAGCUUUAAAAUGUCCAAGUCCAGCAAACAGCAUCAUUUUCCAGUCAGCUGGUAUGGCAAAUGGGACAAUAGUGAUAGAAGAAGCAUCAGAGUGGGAAAUCUUGGAAACGAGCAAGGAGGAGGAAAAGGAAGAGGAAGAAGAGGAGGAUUUCACAGAAAGUGAUGAUGAUCCAGACAAUUUGGAAGAAGAAAUGGAUGUCGAAGAGGUAAAUCAGGGUUUCAUUAGGCUGCUUCUACCUGUUUAG